ACGCUUUUAGGAUUUGACACAGUUUGGGCAACACUUCAUCCACAAAGUGAGCAUCCACGGCAAGGACAGUUUUUGGAAACAACAUCCUUUUAUGUGAUUGAAGUAUUUGCAGCAUGACAGAGGUGAUGAACACACGGGAACCUGUGAUGGAGGAAUUUGCUUUAAGCCAGUCUCCUGAGGAGGAAGGAGGCCCUUCAACCCAGGCCUUCCCAGACUCGCGCGAGAAGUACCCCAAGUUGACCAAAAGACUGCCGUCGAUUGUAGUGGAGCCCACCGAGUCGGGUGAGGUGGAAAGCGGGGAGCUGCGCUGGCCACCCGACGACCUGAAAUCAGCAGAGGAGAAGAGUCUCCUUGGUGACCAAAGAGUCUGCAUCCAGCAGCAGCAGAUGGAUCUGGAAGAUACUUUAGCACAUCCAGCUCAAGAAGUGGAAGAUGAUACAGAUGCUCUGGAAAGCAGAACUGAAAAGGAUGAGUAGGAACUCCGUGGCCUCAGAAGUGAAACUUCAUUGCGAAUGUUGUUGAAAAGCUAACACAUUCUGAAGACACGUCAAAGUAAUCUGUAUUUAGAUCUGCAAGGGUUUUAUUUAGUUAGUAUCUGGUAAGAAGUGUAUGGGCUUUAGAACUGUUCUUUUCAACAUUUUGAUUUUCAGGCUGGGAUUCAUAUUAUUUGUUUAAUUUUUCCUUGGGAAACAGUGGGACACGUUAGGAAAUGCAUCACAGACAUGAUGAGAUUAUAAAGGAAAAAUGUUCCUAAUUUCAAUCAGUACAUUUCAUUGGAUUUACCUUUUUUAAGCAAGGUUGCUUUCAGGUAUCAACAGCAGGACAAAGGGGUUACAUUUCUACAGAAGGGAUGUCUUAAAUCAAAAACCUUUCUUGUUUUUAGCCAUUUAAAACUAGCACUGUGAUAUUAUGGACAAUAGAUGUAAUAUAAUGUCACCGUUUGAUUUUGUAACUUUUGUAUAGAGAUGCAAGUGUUAAGAUUUGCCUACAUUGCUACACAGGAACUCCAGGCUACCUUUCAGGUGCGGAUUAGAGCAGUUCUCUCCCUUUGACUAACCUGUGCAAAUUCAAAUGAACCAGCCUUUCAUUAACUGUCAUUUCAAUAAGGUUCAGAAGUUUUAGAAAUGCUUUCUUGCUGUACAUUGAUGAACUGGAAUAGCUAGUCACUGGUGUUUGUGGAGUGAGACUGUUUGUUGUAGACUUGGUUGGGUGGAUCGUGCUGUUUGUGCACACCUUGGGGCCCAGAUCCAGCCGUGGCGUAACGCACUCUUCUCUCCACUGAAGCCAGCAGAAAUGGCUCCUGCUUCCGCCAGGGCUGAAUUCGUCCCAUCUUGUUAAUAGAAAUUGUUGUGACUAUUCUUUUAGUAUGUUUUGUGUAUAAAACAAGUGCGGAGGCCCAGUCGUUCUUCCCUGGACCUGCAUAAGGCGGUGCUUGGAGGGAUAAAGGGAGGUCAAUGGCACAGCCCAAACCUCCUUUGCCUUUUGCAGAGGCCCUUCCGUGUGAUGCCAGGUCUGCUCUGGGCCAUCUGCAGUAGGAAGGGGUAGAAGCGGGCUGAGGCGGGUAGAUGCACCCAGUGUCCAUCCUGCCCUUGCGGUACUAACCGCCACCGCGCCCAGGGCUUGGAGCUCCCUCGUCCAUGGCACGACCUGGUCAGCUUUGGUUGCACAGCUCCGAUAAAGCCACCUCCUGGAAACCAGAGCUCACGUUGGGACAAGCUGUCUCUGGACAUGUUGGGCCUCUGUUGGAUUCUCCUUCUCCGCCGUGUUCGGGAUGGAUUUGGGGCCUUUUCCACAGAUGUGAAUCCUUUUCUGCACAGGGGCCUUGCAGAGACUCCCUCCCACCUGGCACCAUCCCUGGAGAAGCAAAGCUCUUGGGCCAAAACAUUACCCUUUAGACAGUGUUGAUGGAGAUACUGCCUGUAUCAGAAGGGUUUGACAGUUUCAGUGGAAAAUGUCCUGUAAGCUAUGAAGCUGGUAUUGUCUGCGUCUCCAGGGCUGGAUGGGUUCUGUACUUCCAAUUAAUGUUGCAGCCAGAAAAAGCCGCUUGCUAUAGAUGGAAUGAAAUAAUAGAAUUUCUUCCAGCAUUACUUCCUAAGUUUACUUUCAAGUGCGUUCUUUUCCCCAGUAGUAAUUUUCUCUAAAGGAAACUUUUGUGUGAUGAUGGAUAAAAUUUACUGGCCAGAUGUAUUAAUAAGAUAAGUUUAUGCCUUCUUAGCAACCAAAUUUAAUAUAUUUACUUACAAAGAAUUCUGUGCAAUGAAUGUUUAAUACAAAGGAAAGAGACUAUUUUACUUCAAAGCAACAUUAAUUUAUGUAAAAAAUUAUAGCUCAUUGUUUGGGGUAUUUGGGAUCCAGGACCCUUUUUAUAAGCAGUGUAGUGCAUUAAAACGUGAUACUUAAGUUAAACUUUGCUCUCUCAACCUAUAUAACAAUGUUCUGCCUUUUUGACAUAGACUUUGUUACCUACUGUGUCAUGACUUAUUUUGUUGGGUGAAUGGGAUUCUAGUCAAAGAACCUAAUUUCAGCAGAGUAACCGAAGGUUCAAGAGCAGCUCCUAAAUCUGGCUGCUGUUCCUGUCAUCCCCUUUGCUGCUGACAGUUUUCCUGCAAGCUGUGGAAGCGAGACCAAACUCGAGAUAAGGGAUUGGGUAAGGUGCAGGGCACCAAGAGGCCGGCGAGCUCGCUGCCGAGGGCGGAAAAGCUGACUGGCGAGGCAGCCAGGUGGAUGCAAGGUGCUCUUUAAACACUGCUUUUGCCUCAACUGUCAAGAUGUUUCAUAAAGCUCUGGGGAAAAACAACAACGAUGACGACGUAUCUUUAGCUGUGUGAUUUCCUUUAAUCAGCGUCUGCCCAGCUCUGUAAGGAAUGACGUUAGACGUAUCGUUUAAUUUGCUUUUCACUUUAUGAAAGGAAGAACAGUUAUUUGAAACACUUCCCCCAAUUUUAUAUGUUCUCUAUCUGCUUUCAGACACUCCCUCCCUUCCUGCUCUGGAUGGCCCUUAUCCUAUUUCCACCUGAGGUCAAUGGCACUUCCCUAAGUGAGUUUCCUGAAGAAACACACAAAAUUCUAGGGAAAUGCCGCACAGCGCUAUGUUUCUCAUUGCAGUACAUAAAGCUGCAACCCAUAUAGAAUUGCCAGACUUCAUUCUUCCAGCCUAAUUACUCCUCUCUUUCCUGCUUCCUCUUUCACAUUGCUCCCUUUAAGUAUUUUAACUGAAGCGAGUGGAUGCUUCAAACUGAAGCUUUCCACAAAAGCCGAAUGGCCUCAGUUUAACAGCCACACAAAGCCAAGCUCCUCCUCCCAUUUUUAUUUUUCCGAACGUAGGCCAGAGGCCCUAAAAUAGGAGAGCAAGAUAGAGAGAAAAUUGUUUUAUAAAAACAAACCCUAUUUAUUCUACUUGCAGGUCUGUGAAUGUCCACUUACUUUGUCUGUGUGCAAGUGUUGUCUCUCUGAUAAACUCAAUAGUUGUUUUGUAUUUUUUUCUGGAUGAAAAGCUUUGUAGAAACUAAAAAGGAAAAAAAAAAGAUAUUCAGUCAUAUUUUUCUAGUCCAGCUUGUAGAAUAUUUCAUGUAGUGCAGAAAGGAAGUUUUAUGGAGUAAGGCAUUGUUGGAUUUUGCUCUAUUUCAGUUCUUUCUAAUUUUGUAAAAUGCCACCUGUACAUAAUACUCAACUAAUGUAUGUCUUGUAGAUGUAUUACACUGUUUAGUCUAUUAAAUGCCUAUAAUGGACCGAUUGGAA